AUGACGCGCACAAGACGGAAUACUGGGUUUUUCAGUGACGACUCGGACGCGGGCACCGCUCCUGUGGACGACGACGCCCGGUCGCGGCGCAAGCGGUCUGUGCCCCUUGACGAGGACUCAGACUCGGACGUGGUGCGGCCGCACCGCACGCGGGGCCGUCGGUCGGUCAAUUACAACGAGGACGCGCUGCUGGCUGCGCUGGACGACGAGAUCGGCGACGGAGGCGAUCCAGACGACCGCGGUGUCGGGCGCAAGCGGCGACGCACGCGCUCGCGGCCUGCCGAGGACGACGAUUUCGACGAGGACGACGCUGUGGCGAGCGACUCGCACGACUUUGACGACGACGGCUCGUUCAGCUCGGACGACUCGCUGCGGCCGCGCAGACGGCGACAGCCGGGGUUUAUUGUGAAGGACGACGAGGACGUGGCGUCGGACGAGGAGUACGACGUGCGGGCAGAAAGAAAUCGCCGCAACGGGCGCCCGAAGCGCAGGGGCCGUGGCCGUCCGCGGAAAGAGGAAGUCGAGGAAUUUGACGACGACGAGAGCGAGGAGGAAGAGUCGCUGACGAUUGCCGAUGAGCUGAAAGCGCUGCAGGACGACUCGCCGCUGAAUUCGCCGGUGCAGCGCAACUUGCGCGAGCGCAAGAACGUGAACUACCAGCUGCCGCCGCCAAUGCUGCAGGCGGAGCCAGAACGGUUCGACGUGGCCGACAGCCCACGCAGGGGACGCGCGGGCGGCCGAUUUGGCGGCACGGGCACGGCAGUGCCCGCCAGCACGCAGAUCAGACGGCUGUUCCCGACGGUGGGGCCGUUUGGCGGCGGCGACGUGCACGCGCUGUUCCAGAACGGCGGCGCCGCAGACACGCUCACGGCGAUCGGCAACGUCGAGAGCAGCGACUCCGAGGACGACAACGAGCUGUUCAAGCCGACGGACCCAAACAAGCUGAGCAUUGUGACGGUCGACAGCGGCGCGUCGGGCAAGAAGAAAAACACGCUCGCCGACACAGAUCCGCUCGGCAUCGACACCAACAUCGACUUCUCUGUGGUGGGUGGGCUGGAUAGCUACAUCGACCAGCUCAAGGAGAUGAUCACGCUGCCACUGCUGUACCCGGAAAUAUACUCCAAGUUCCACAUCACGCCGCCGCGCGGCGUGCUGUUCCACGGUCCGCCUGGUACGGGCAAGACGCUGAUGGCGCGGGCGUUGGCCGCGUCGUGCUCGUCGCAGCACCGCAAGGUGACGUUUUUCAUGCGCAAGGGCGCCGACUGCCUGUCGAAAUGGGUCGGCGAGGCCGAGCGGCACCUGCGGCUGCUUUUUGAAGAGGCCAAGCAGCAGCAGCCUUCGAUCAUUUUUUUCGACGAGAUUGAUGGCCUUGCGCCGGUGCGCUCGUCCAAACAGGAACAGAUCCACGCGUCGAUCGUGUCGACGCUGCUUGCGCUCAUGGACGGCAUGGACAACCGCGGCCAGGUGAUUGUGAUCGGUGCCACCAACAGACCCGACUCUAUCGACCCGGCGCUGCGGCGGCCCGGCAGAUUCGACAGAGAGUUCUAUUUCCCGCUGCCGGACGUGAAAGCACGCGAGGAGAUCUUGAAAAUCCACAUGCGCAAAUGGGACCACCAGCUGGACGACGGGUUUGUGCGCGAGCUAGCACGGCUCACCAAGGGCUAUGGUGGAGCAGAUCUCAAGGCGUUGUGCACGGAAAGCGCGCUGAACGCGAUCCAGCGCGCGUACCCGCAGAUCUACCGUUCCAAUGACAAGCUGCGUAUCAAUAUCAACAAGGUGCGUGUGGUGGCGAGCGAUUUCACGCGCACGUUGGAACGCAUCGUGCCGUCGAGCGCGCGCGCGACCUCGCUCAGCUCGAGCCCGUUGCCCGAAACCGUUGCGCCGCUGCUGCAGCCGCAGCUCGACGACGUGCUUGCGCGCGCCCGCCGCGUGAUUCCGAGCGAAAAGCCGCUCUCGCUGCUCGAAGAGAGCCAGUACGUCGAUUUGACAGCGUCGAGACCAGACGGCGGGUUCCGCCACCAACAGCUGUUGGCCCGGCUCAACCAGCAGCGCGUGUUCAAGCCGCGGCUGUUGCUUGCGGGCAGCAGAGGCGACGGCCAGGAAUACGUCGCCAACGCCGUGCUGCACAGCUUUGAAGGCUUCAACGUGCAGACGCUCGACUUUGCCAAGCUGCACUCCGACGCGUCGAUCGCCCCCGAAAAUCUCGUGAUCCAGCUGUUCCAGGAGCUCAAACGGCACAAGCCCAGUAUUCUGUACGUGCCGUACGUGCUGGGCUUCUUGGACGAGAUCACGCCGUCGCUGCGGUCCACCAUCAGCACGCUCGUGCGCACGCUCGGUGCCAACGACCGCGUGCUCAUUUUUGGGAUGGUCGAGGAGCAGCAUUUGCUCGAUGACAGGUACUACGACGAGCUGGCCGCCGUGUUUGGGUUUACGCGCUCCGACGUGGUGCAGCUUGCGCGGCCAGAUGAGCGCCAGCGCGAGCGUUUCUUUGAAAGCGUCUGGACAUGUUUCCACAUGGCCCCACUCGAUUACAACGAGCUCAGUUUGCGGCCGAAACGCAAACUAAAAGAAUUGCCCAAGGUGGAGGUGGAGGAGCAGCCACAGACCACAGAAAACACAGCCACUAAUGACGCAGAGCUUGCCAAGAGCGACAUGCGCCUGAAAAACACGCUCAAGGUCAAACUGUCUGGCCUAAUGGACCUGUUCAAAGCACGCUACAAACGCUUCAAAAAACCUGUCGUGGACGACGCGUUCCUUGUCCACCUCUUUGAGCCAGAGCCGGACCCAGAGGCGCCGUACCAGCGCCAGGGAGACCGCAUUUUGGAGGUUGCCACGGGAAAGCUUUACUACAACAUUGAUCUCGACGUGAUCGAGGAACGACUCUGGAACGGCUACUAUUCGGAACCUCGCCAGUUUCUCAACGACAUCGAGAUGAUCCUGAAGGACGCCAAGACGUCUGGGGAGCGCGACCGCGUGCUCAAGGCCAACGAGAUGUACGCAAAUGCGCAGGUCGGCAUCGAGGAAAUGGAGGCUGCGUUUCCCCAGCUAGCGGCCGAGUGGAAGGCUGCCAGACAGCGCGAGAAGCGGCGCGAGGCUGAGUACUUGCGCAAAGUGCGGGAAAAAGAGGAACAGGAGCAAGCCGAACAGGCGGAGCAGGAGCCAGCCGGCUCGAUGCAACAGGUGCAGCAGGCACAACUGGUUAAUGGGGACUCCACGCAGGGUCACGUGACAGUGGACGCAGUUGCAACCAGCGUGGAGGUGGCACCGGUGGAGCCGGCCGAGCAGCCAGUCAAGGAGGAGCUACAGAAGGAGGUUGAGGAGGAGCAGAAAGAGCAACCCGAGUCCGAGUCGUCGGACGAGGAGUACCCCGAGCCGCCAAAAGAGCAGCUGAUCUAUUCGGAGGAAAAACUAAUUAAACUGCAGCGUCUGUUGCUGGACAAGUCUGCCGGGAUGUCUGUGGAGGAGCUGGAGAGAUUGGCUUCACGUCUGAUCGAAAUGAUUUGGGACGAGCGGAUGAAUCUGGACAAAAAUGCGCUGCUAGACCGAAUGGAGACCCUGCUGCGCUAG